AUGGUACGUGGAACUAGGACAGUCUACCCCAGCGAACGAAAUAAAGGGUUCAGCUCAACAUUCCAGCCACCUGAAGGAGGCCGGAAAGUUGUGUCGUUAAUUUUUAAAUAUUAUUCUUACAUUCUUCGCGACAUUUAUACAUUUUAUUUUUAUUUUCGUUUUUCUUAUUGUUUCGCCAUUUCACUUUUUCUUUCGUUUCCUUUUCUUUUUUUACUUCCAUUUAUUUCUUUCUUUCUCUUCCAUUUAUAUUUGUUAUUUCCUUUCCUGCUUUCUCUCUUUCUCUUUCUUUCUUCUCUAUUUCUUUUCAUUGUUUUCUGUCUUUCCUCUCUUUUAUUUUUUUCUCUCUUUCUAUUUGAUUCGUGUCCUUCUUUUUUCACUUUAUCUCUCCUUAAUCUUGUUUUUCUCUUACCAUAUCCUUUAGUUUCAUUUUUAUUUUUUUCACUUUCUCUUUCUUUUUCUCUUAAUUAUAUUAAUUCUAUCUUUCACUUUCUUGCACUAUUUUCUUUUCUUGUUUCUUUCUUUCUUAUGUAUUUCUUUAAUUCUUCACAUACUCAUAUUCUGUCUUUCUCUAUCAUUUCUUUGUUUCCUUCUUUUCUUAUAUUCUUUCUGCCGUACCGUUUCGCUUUCACUAAGUUAUUUCUUCUUUUAUAUUUUUCUCUUGUCUUUUUCUUCAUUUCUUCCUUUUUCUUUUAUAUUUAUUCUUUCUCUUUUAUUCAUAAUUUUUUUCUGAUAUUCAUUCAUCCUUUUUCUUUCAUUCACUAUAUAUUACUUACUUUCUUCACUUACUAA